AUGGACGCCUUCGAGCCCAUAUCCUUCUCUCUCGACCUACCAUCAUCGAUACCCGGCACCGCGCCGGGUGUCGCGUCCCCCGACGACUUCGACGGUGGUGUCCCGCUUGAUUUUGAGCGCACCAACCCCGGAGCCCCCACCUUCUUCUGUGUUAUCGCAUGA